CAAUGGAGGACUGCCCCCAGAGAAAACACCAGACUAACUUAUCACAGUCUUAUCGGCGCUUGCAGUGUCUUGAGCUUCUUUUUCUCAACCUGGCAGUCAGUCACUAAGGCUUGAUUGAUUUCAGGGCGAAUGUGAACUUUUCAAGACCCACAAUCCAGACGGAAAACAUUAAUUCGCUCGAUCUGCAGUAACACUCGCGCAAAGUUUCCGCGGCCUCAGUGGUUGUAACACCGUCUCUCACCGGCGCAAAUGCCUAGAAAGUCGCCAGAUUCUAGGAGGGGGAAAACUCACCUCUUCUCCUGCAAGUGAGAAUCGAGCAGGACGGCGCUACAGGACGAAAGAGGAUAUAUUGGGAAAGAUACCAGGGGAAAACCUUGACAAAAUAAAAGGGCAUACAAUUAUGCCCCCUUCACAACCAUCAGACGAGCCCCAGUGGCCCCCACGAUCACCCCAUGAAGUCCUGUUGAGUACUCCAGGCGGCCGUGAGAAACUUCGACGACUUGCCGAGCGCACCUCUCCCUCCCCUUCCCCAGCCAGAGGAAGAAUGUCUAGAACGGGGUCCUCAGGCCUACCUUUGAGGUCAACAAACUCAGAUGUUAUGGCAGGAAUGAUCUUGGACGGCGAUGACGACGAGGAUGAGGAUGAGGAGAUUCUCCAACUCAAGCUACAGGAAAUCCAAGCCAAGCUCAAACUGAAAAAGCUCCAGAGCGCGCGGGCAGCAAAUGGCGCCCCUUCCUCAAGGCCUGAUUCAGGCGCAGAUAGUAAUGCGCGACGACCGCAAGCCAGGACAGCAGCCGCUGCAGCUGCAGCACGUGCAGCCAAGGUUGAAGAUGCACGCCCGCGAAGCGUCGAGGUACCAGCUUCGCCGGUCAAGAAAGCCAUCGCGCCUCCAAAAUCACCCAUGAAGGUACAGCUCGGUAUAGACAAGGGGCUGAGGGCCAAGGACGUGUCGUUGAGGCGAUCUUCCUCUACCCUGCAACAACGGAUGCAGGACGCCAGUGAGCGCUCGAGGUCUUUAAACGAUGGCGCCGAGGCACCGGUACGGCCGUUGAGCUUCAGCGAGCGCCUCGCUCUGAAGAGGAACGAAGAGGCGGCGCAAGUUGAGAAGCAGAAGAGGAUACAACAGAUCAGAAGCAGCGCAUUCGCGGUGGAUAGGGAGGAAAUAGAAAGAUACAAGGCGGUGGCGCAGGACCUUCCGGACCUGGCAGACGAACCACAGGUCUACAGCCGCGCAGAGAUUGUGGGGUCAGGCAAGCUUCAGAAAGACGGUGGAUACUUAAGAAGAAGUAGUACCGCACCCAGUAUCAGGGGUGGCCAGGCAGGCUCAGGGACGGGUAGUGAUAGCGGCCAGGCCAAAGACGCGACGACAACGACAGCGAAAUCUCGAGGCAAGGACGAGGCGUCUUUCGAAUCAUACUCGGGUUUCCAUCUCAAGAAAAGGAUAUUACCUCACGAGAUUGUUACGCGGUCCAUCACCGGCAAGCAGGUCUACAAACUGAAGGAUCUCUUGCGCAAAGUCAAAGCACCCACGUGGGAACUACCGGAUGACGAAUGCGACGUUGUGGCCUUUGCCAUUUUGGCCGCCAAGUCGGAACCAAGAUCGCACAAAGCACGAACUGACAGUGAAGGGAACACGGUAAAUCAAGGCAACAGGGGAAUGUACAUGGUAAUGACUCUGGUGGAUCUCCAAUACGAAGUCGAAUUAUUCCUCUUUAACAGCGGGUUCGACAGGUUUUGGAAGCUGACGCCAGGCACCGUCUUGGCGAUUCUCAACCCGGUCAUCAUGAAGCCCCCAAAGGGUCGCGAAGCGACAGGAAAGUUUUCGCUCAUCAUCAACUCGGACGAAGACACGAUACUCGAGAUCGGCACUGCGCGCGACCUGGGGUUCUGCCAGGCCACAAAAAAGGACGGCAAAGCGUGCCCUUCUUGGAUCAACAGCAAGCGCACCGAGUUCUGCGAGUUUCAUUCCAACGAGGCCAUCAGCAAGGCGCGGGCGGGACGCAUGGAGCUCAAUGGGGCCGGCUUUGGCGGCGGCGGCGGCAACGGUAAGAAGUCCAAGAAGGAAUGGGAGCCCUUUUCCGACCCGUGGAAGUAUAAAAAUUCUAGGCCGGUCAGCAUCGAUCACCGCACCGAGGAGCAAAAACUCGCCGAUGCCAAAAGGGGCUCAUACGACAGGGAUACACAAUCGCGAGUCUUUGUGAGCCGCUCGGCCAGCUCUGCCUCCGUAAUAGAACGUGAAGGCGAGUAUCUCGAGAGUCUUCAGCGCAAGGAGGCGCUCAAGCGAAAACUAUUGCAGGACGAACACGAGAAAACCGUUGCCAAGAAACUGGGAAACUUGGGGGCCGGUGCCGGAAGGGAAUAUAUGCAGCGGCGAGCCGGACACAAGACCAACGACCAGCCCCACGCUUUAGCGUCUAACUUUUCCUUGGAGCAACAACAGCCGUCAACCAGCGCCGCGGCUCUGGAUCUUCUCAACCGUGCCAAGAACCCGCCCAAGAUCGAUCUUGGCCCGGUCAAGCGCAAGAGGCCAGACUCGGCCACGUCCAACUCGACGGCGGGCGGUAGUAGCAGUCUCGGCUGGGGAUCCGGUCUGAGGGACAGACUGAGCAGGAUGAAGGGGCAGGCGACCCUCUCGUUCGACCAACCACAAAAGACAGACAACGCGGCCGCGGCCAACGCAAACUCAUCUUCCGGGUCCAUCGCCAGCAGCAAAGCAGACCGAUCGCCGGUCCGCAAGAAGACGCGCUUCGUGACGGAGAAGGGCAUACGUGAGGCGGGCCGCGAGAGCCUGGGGACGGAACUACUCCCAUCGGCUGCGGCAGCAGCAGCAGAUGACGCACUGGAGCCUAGGCGAGGGAAGCCGCGGCGUGUGGUUGUACAGGACGAUGACGAUGACGAUGAUCUUGUCAUUGUGUAAUAUUUUCUUUGUUUUCAGCAUUGCGAUAUCGAAUCGAAAGCUCCUGGGACUGGUACAAAUGGCGCUCGGUGAAGGGGGGUUUCUCUAUGUAUGUGCAUUCGGAAUUUGGAUUUGACUUGGCGACAAACGCUAUACCGAGCCAGCUUCAAUAUCCAUCAGCGUAGUAGAACUGAAAGGUGGCUUCUACAUAAAUGGGAAUUUGGAUGUUCCUGAGUAUCUAAGCCUGUCAGCAGCUUCAACAGUGUCUACGUUGGUUUCGCUGUAUCUUGCCUAUUCAAGGGAGGAUGUGCGAACUUGGGCCGUGCACAUAGACAAGUCGCUUGGGUAACCAAGACAGUAUGAGGUCAGUCAUGUUGACGAAAAAAGUGGAUUCAGAAUUAUGUUGCUUAGAACUAGAUUGUCUAAAACUGGUAUGCGUUACGAACCGCCC